AUGUCGCUAUGGCUACCCCGCCCUCCACCGUCCUUUAUUGCCCGCUCGUCCUGUAGCAGACCCCAUUAUUUUACUAGACUUUCGUAUUCACGCAUUGCUUAUAUCCCGCUCGACACGACACGACGUGCGGGGAUCGUUGGGAACCGCUUCCAGAGCACUAAACCCGCGUCUGCACCUGCUAGGGUGACUGCCAAUGCCGCCAAUGCUUCCCCGACGGUUCCGGCGGACCCCGCGACUUCAUCGGAGGUAAAACCCUCACCGCCCGCGAACAAGGAGGAACCCAAGGGUCCGUUAAUGACCAGGGUAUGGAAGAAGGUUAAGCAUGAAGCUCAGCACUACUGGCACGGGUCGAAGCUUCUUGUUUCGGAAGUCCGCAUCUCAGCAAGACUUCAGUGGAAAAUCUUGCAUGGAGAGACGUUGACGCGACGAGAGCGCAGACAGCUCAAGCGAACGACGCAGGAUCUACUGCGGCUCGUACCCUUCGCAGUCUUCAUAAUUGUACCCUUCAUGGAGCUUUUGUUACCCGUCGCAUUGAAGCUCUUCCCCAAUAUGCUGCCCUCUACAUUUGAGGACAAGUAUGCUGCUGAAGAGAAACAGCGCAAACUCCUUCGUUCUCGUCUUGAGAUGGCUAAAUUCCUUCAAGAAACGCUGCGCGAGUCUGGUUUGAAGGCCAACGCCCACAUAGUCGGUAGCGACGCCUUCAAGGAGUUCUUCCGCAAGGUUCGGUCUACUGGUGAAUCCCCCUCCGCUCAAGACGUCAUCCAGGUCGCCAAGCUCUUCGAUGACGACCUCACCUUGGACAACCUCUCACGUCCACAACUGGUUUCAAUGUCACGGUAUAUGGGCUUGAACGCUUUCGGCACGGAUAACUUCCUUCGUGGUACUAUUCGCGCGAGGCUACGCGAAUUGAGACGGGACGACCAGCUCAUCUACUCCGAAGGCGUAGACGAGCUGUCUGUUGCUGAACUUAUUGCGGCGUGUCAAUCUCGUGGUAUUCGAACUGGUGGUGUCUCUCCUGCACGUCUCCGCGACGAGUUGACGACCUGGAUCCAACUUCAUCUCCAUGACCGUGUCUCUGGUGUACUCCUCGUUCUUGGCCGUGCGUUCAACUUUGACAAGAAGCCUGGUGAUGAAGAGGAUGGCAAAACAAACGUCAUAAGAAGCAUCGAAAGCGUCCUGAGUGGUCUUCCUGACAAUCUCCUUAAUGAAGCCGAACUCGAAGUUGAUUCCGAGAAGGCGAGCUACAAACAGAAACUCGAGGUCUUGCAGCAACAAGAGGAGCUCAUCGAGGACGAACAAGAACAAGAACAGAAGGAGGAAGAUGCUCGCCGUGCCGCCAAAGAAGCCGCGGAAUUGGAAGCGCGUACUGCCCGUUCCCUCUUACCUGAUUCUGAACUUCUGCCUGAGCAGCUCGAAGACGAAGACGCCAGAAUGACAACCGAGCAACUGAAAGAACUUAGCGAAGCCUUGUCAAUUCUUUCUGCCAAAUCCAGUGUACUGAAGGAACGUGAUGAACUUCGCGCGCUCAUGGAAGAGAAUCUCCAAGCUGAAGAAGACCCCAAAUCUCCUUCUGGUGCCUUGACCAAGCGUAUUCGUUCCAUGCUCACCAAGAUCGACGGACAACUCCAGGAAUACGACUCGCGUGUCGGUUCCUCGCUGCAACUCAUAUCGGCCGAUCCACAAGGCCGUAUCUCGGUUCAAGACCUUGAGAAGGCCCUGACUGUGAUCAAACACAAGCCGGACGAUGACGUCGGCAGGGCGGUCAUAGAAAAACUUGACGUGGAUAAAGACGGGUAUGUUGAGCUAGAGCAUGUCUUGGGUUUGGUUAGAGAGGAGGGUUUGGGUCUCGUACUGGAUGAUGACGCUCAGACGAUUCUUGGGCAAGGCACAGAACUAAAAAAUGCAAAAGCCCCCCGCAAGGAGGAUAUUGUACAGGAAUGA